AUGUGGGAUUUCAUUGUCGAUCAAUUAUUACCAAUAUUAAUUAUUGUUAUAUUUAGUAUUGCUUUAUUUAUUCGUGUAUUAAAACAAAAACAACGAAUGUGUCGUACAAUUCAUUGGCGAAAACAUCGAAAAAUGACAAUACAAUUAUUAUCAAUAUCAUUUGUUUAUUUAAUUAUAUUAUUACCUUAUGCAAUUGUUUAUAUUAUUCGUUUAAGUGGUUUAAAAAAUGCAUUCAGUAAUGAAUUUUAUGCAUAUACAGUUUUCUUUAGUUAUUUUAUUCUUCUUCUUUUUCCAUUUGUCUGCGCUUUAUCAUUACCUGAAUCAUUAAUUAAACUGAAGAAUUUCUUUCAAUUAAAACAACAACAACAGACAAAACCAACUAACCAACCGAUCUUCACUAAAAUAAAAAGUCACGACAAGAUUUUCCAGGAUCGUCCGUUCUCCAUUAUUUGUCAUUUACCUUUUAAAGAUCCACGAAGUACUCCAUGUGAUGAUACAUUUUGUCUUGAAUGUAUAUCAAAAUGGAUUCAAACGCAAAAUCGAUCGUGUCCAGUAUGUCGAAGAUCUUUAUCAAUUGACGAAUUGACACAAGUCAAUCGUCCAAUACGCAAUAUGUUGGAUCGAAUUCGUGUGAAAUGUACAACUUGUGGACAAAGUGAAUUGUCGCGUGGUAAUUUCAAAGAACAUGUCGAGAAAACUUGUCCCAAAAUGCAAAUAUUAUGUUCAUCGGCAGAUAUUAAAUGUCCUUGGGAAGGACAAAGAGAUCAAUUAGAUGAGCAUUUAUCGAAUUGUGCUUUUCAUUCUUUACGAUACAUUAUUACACCACUUAUGACUGAAAAUGAGCAACUUAACGAACUAAUCAGUAACUUUCGUAGUGAUAAUCAACAAUUACGAGAACAAACAGGUCAUUUGACGAUUCAAGCAAAUAAAUAUCAAAGAGAAAUUCAAGAUUUAAAUCAACAAAUAGCACAACUUAGAACUCAACUUCAAAAUCAGCAAAUUAAAGAGCAAGAAAGACAUAAAACUUCGAUAUUCAAUGAGAUGAUUCAUUCGAACAAAAAUAUGCAAAUGGUUCCAAAUGGUAUUUCAUUAUUGAAAGGUGUUUGGGAAUACAUUGAUGGAGAAAAUUUUGAUAGUUUUAUGAAAGAGAUUGGCGUGGGUAUGGCAACACGUUUACUUACAAAAGGUCUCAAACUACGUCUUAUUAUCGAUGAGAUCACAAAUGAAUGGACUGUACGUUUUGAAUCUACUAUUAAGGUAAUUGAGUAUAAAUUCGUACCCGGUGUUGAAUUCCAUGAAACAACAUUCGAUGGACGCGAAGUGAAAUCGAUUGUGAUCUUUUCAGCUAAUAAAUGGAUACAUCAAAUGCUUGAUAAGAAUGGAGAGAAAUCGGUGAUUAUUCGUUAUGUCGAUCAAAAUGAUAUGCAGCUAGUUGAAAUGGAAUGCGGAAUAGUUAAAGCUCGCCGUUGGUAUAAACGUGCCACUUAG